AUGGGCCUCGCGUCGAUUGAAGACUCUGGCAGAUUCGGUCUUGGUGAGAAGCAGCGUAGGCAGUUGGAAAAGCAGGAAAGAAGGAGAAAUUACGCUGAUUUGGCCAUUCAAAGCACUAAUAACUCAUCGAUUGUAUGUAAAAGAUCAGUCGAGAAACUGUAUAUGAGGAAAUUGGGGGCCAAUUCUUAUGUUGAUGAAUCUAAAGGCUUCAACGAGUAUUUCAAGUAUUUCGUGCAGAAGACACUUAGAUGCUCGCCGUGCAUAAAUCGUGGCUACUGGCUUAGGAUGCAUGCAGUGAAAUCCAUACUUGACUCAAUUAUAGCUGCCUCCCCGGAAAAGAGGAUUGUAGUUAUAAAUUUGGGGUGUGGAUUUGACCCGCUACCAUUUCAGCUUUUAGAUCCCCAGAAUAGACAUAAUUGGAAGUACGACAACCGCCUGUCGUUUUUGGACCUCGACUACCCUGACCUUAUUAGCCGAAAGAAAAAGAUCAUAGAUGAUACGCCCGACCUCAAAGCUAUCAUCGGUGACUGGAGUUCGGACUCUCACCUCGAAGCCGCUUUCGUGGCCAGAAAAUACAUAUUGGCACCAUGCGAUCUGAACGUCUCGGCUGAUUUCGAUCGGCUGCUCACAAUGUGCCAGCUAAAAGACUCAGCUAUCGUCAAAAUAUUUUUGGCGGAAGUGUCCCUGGCAUAUAUGGACUCCUCUAAAGCAGACGCAAUAAUAAAGGCAUGCUCAAAGCUGCCGAGGUCUCACUUUGUAAACCUUGAGCCUCUUCUACCCGCAGGACCGUCCGAACCCUUUUCCAAACAAAUGCUCCGACACUUCAAAAACAACGACUCUCCACUACAAUCGGUACUUUUCAAUAAGACAAAAUCCUCUCAGCACGAAAGGUUUAAGAACCUUGGAUUUCCUCUCACAAAUAUGAGGGACUUGCACCAAAUCUGGGGUUUUGUUGACAUUCAUAUAAAGAAACAGAUUGAGGCUAUCGAACCCUUUGAUGAGUUGGAAGAAUUUAUGCUUUUCUGCCAUCAUUACGUUGUUGGACAUUCUUGCAACGAUCUCGAAGUUCCGUUCGAAACCGUACCCUCCUCUCCACGUAGCGGACAGAACACAAGAAAGUCAUUGCUUCGUCGCGAUGCAAAAGCAGCAGAAAUGAAAUUGGAUAAUGAUCAUUUAACGCAGCGCAAGUUCGGUGCGUCAACACUGCUGCCAUCAGGUCAAAUCAUGUAUACACACGGUUACCUCAAUGGCCGGUUAGAUAAUGCAUUGUUGAUUGACCCGGCAAUGAGCAAAGUCGGACUCGUUGACAUCAUUUCAGAGCACGAGAAACCAGUCGCACGAAUGUGCCAUACGAUAACAAGUUUGAAUAACGAAUUGUGUGUCCUAGUCGGUGGCAGAGCUGCUCCUAACAAAGCGUUUGGUGACGUUUGGAGACUGCAACAGACUGAAGAAAGUCAAUGGAGUUACGAAAAAGCUAUUAGUCUUCCCGAGUGUCGGUACAGGCACGCUUCUUGUGCUUUAGACGAAAAGAGGGUUUUAAUCUACGGAGGGCACACAAAUGGUGACGUUUUCCUUGUUUAUGAUAGCAGCAGAAACGAGCUCAUCGUCCCUGAGGUUUUAGGUAGCAUACCGGCGUUGACAUCUUCAGCGAUGACCUUUGACAAAAACUUGAACAAGGGCGUUAUUAUUGGCGGAGCUGAUAAAAGUCAGAAUAUACAUGAUACACUCAAGAUAUUCAGGUUCGACCAUAAUUCGAACAAAAUUGAGCUCGAAAACGAAUAUUCCGAUCCUCUUUUCAAGCGUUAUGGAGGAAAAGCGCUGUUUACGGGUGAAGAUAAGGUAUUGAUCGCGGGAGGGACCAGUCCUGCCUGUCUAUUUGAUCAAGAUACCACAAUAAUUGAGGUGAGUUUGAGCUCUGGACAAGUAACGCUGAUACGCAUUCCUGAAGAUGCUUGGCACAACGCCUUUCCUUUGAUGGUGGGGUUUGAGCUACACAAGUUUUCCAACUCUACCCUCGACAUUUUUGGUGGCGGAGCAGUGUGCUAUGGGUUUGGCUCUGUAUGGAAUAGGUGGUUGCGUUUAGAUAUUCCCUGA